GCACAAGUCAAACAUUGGGCCCAAUAGUGGCCCACUUAUAGCCCAGCCCAACCCAGCCCAGGACCACCCACCCUUCUUCUCUUCUCCUUUCGCAGGUCACAAAAGCCAGGAACAGGAAGAGAGAGAACCCUAACGCCGCCGCCUGUAUAAAAACUGAACUCGUCUCUUUCGCGCCCUCCUCUCCCCCGCCGCCGCACCUCCUCCUCUCGCACAGGCACAGCCACCGGCGAAGAUGAAGACGAUCCUGGCUUCGGAGACGAUGGAUAUCCCCGAGGGGGUGACGGUGAAGGUGGCGGCGAAGGUGGUGACGGUGGAGGGGCCGCGCGGGAAGCUGACCCGCAACUUCAAGCACCUCAACCUCGACUUCCAGCUCCAGGAGAAUGGGCGCAAGCUCAAGGUCGACGCCUGGUUCGGCACCCGCCGCACCAUGGCCGCCAUCCGCACCGCCAUCUCCCACGUCCAGAACCUCAUCACCGGCGUCACCAAGGGCUACCGCUACAAGAUGCGCUUCGUCUACGCCCACUUCCCAAUCAACGCCUCCAUCACCAACAGCAGCACCGCCAUUGAGAUCAGAAACUUCCUUGGAGAGAAGAAGGUGAGGAAGGUUGAUAUGCUUGAAGGUGUGACGAUUUUGCGUUCUGAGAAGGUCAAGGAUGAGCUCGUUCUUGAUGGCAAUGAUAUUGAGCUUGUCUCUCGCUCUGCUGCUCUCAUAAACCAGAAAUGCCACGUCAAGAACAAGGAUAUCAGGAAGUUCUUGGAUGGUAUCUAUGUGAGUGACAAGGGCCGCAUCUCUGAUGAGCAGUGAGCUGCAUUCUCCUCCUAGCUGCUAGCAAAAGCUGUGUUUGAGAGAGUUGAGAUCAACCUUUUUGUAUCUUGUUUUUGAGCAAACUAGAACUUCACAAGUUCGUUGGGUACUGAAAUUUUGUACUGUUUAGGAUGUUAUGGAAUUGGAGGUGGUCCUAUGCUAUCAGUAUUUUUUGUGAGAAUA